AAGAAAUAGCCUCCUCUAGCUGAUGCUGAUGUUCUUCAUUCGCAAAGCACUUUGAUCUAUAACAGUUCUCUUCUUCAUGCUGCAACCAUAUUUGUCGAGUCAGAAGAUGCUUCUACACUUAUAUGAUGAUACUACCAGACUUCUAGUAUACAUCGGGUUUCAUAUCCUCUUCAUGGCUGUCUUAGUAGAAACAGUUCAUUCGGUGAAAUAUAAGGAUUGUGAGGCCGCUAUGUGUAGCAAGAGUGGUCCGAACAUAAGCUAUCCCUUUUAUGUUUCUGGAAGUGGGAAGGAACUUUGUGGCUACCCUGGCUUCGAGGUUAGCUGUGAAGGAGGGAACAUUAUGUAUGGCAAUUUCUCCAUCCAAAGCAUCUCUUAUGAGAAGCGGUCCUUUGAGUUAGCGAAUCAGUAUAUGACCGACACUGGUUGCUUGGUUCCUCAUCCCUUCACCUACUAUCAUGAGAAGCUCUUCCAGAACUCCAGUUUCCACCAUUACCUAUGGUUCUUCUAUGGCUGCACUAACACAUUUUCUACACGCUUCCCUCAAUUUCAGCUAAAUUGCACUUCUGAUCGUUCAAAUUACACGUUUGUUGUGCUAACACGUAAGGAAGAAUGGCCAAUACAGAAGAAUGGAUCCUGUCAAUCGAGCAGUACAAUACCAGUCGAACUGAAGGUGGGAAUCCCAAAACCAACCAUGGAAAGUGUUAACUACACGACGCUGCUGAAGGAUGGGUUCACAAUGCAUUGGACAUUGUUGACCAAAGAGAGUUGUGCCAAGUGCAUACGCAGUGGAGGCCGAUGUGGCCGAUCAAAUGAGAAAGACUUUGUUUGCUAUUGCUCUGACGGAUCCAGUAGCGAAGAUUGUGAUGCUGGAAACGGAGGUUUAUUGCAGAAGAUAAGACUAGGUGUCGGAAUUGGAGGAUUGGUCGGUGCCCUUUGCCUAUUCAUCUAUAUGAUCUACUUGAGAAGGAAGUAUGCUUCUCUUAAGUUUCAUCUGAAGAACAUCACUCCUUGUCCUUCCCCGGGUCCAGACAUGGAGGAAAGCAGUGUAUACUCUGAGGUCCCCAUUUUCACUAGUAGCGAACUUGAAGAAGCCACAAAUAAUUUUUCUUCUUCCAAUGAACUUGGAGAUGGAGGUUUCGGAACUGUUUACUACGGAAAACUUCAGGAUGGGAGGGAAGUAGCAGUAAAGCGCCUAUACGAGCACAGCUACCGGAGGGUAAAACAAUUUAUGAAUGAAGUUGAAAUCCUAACCCGUUUACGACACAAAAACUUCGUGUCUCUGUACGGUUGCACUUCUCGCCACAGCCGUGAACUUCUACUGGUCUAUGAGUACAUCUCGAAUGGCACUGUCGCUGAUCAUAUCCACAGCCAGCGAGCUAAUUCAUCUCCUACAUUGCCAUGGCGAAUCCGUAUGAACAUCGCCAUAGAGACUGCUACUGCACUAACUUACCUCCACGCUUCUGCAGUUGUCCACUGUGAUGUGAAAACUAAAAACAUUCUUCUCGAGAAGAAUUUUGGCGUUAAAGUUGCAGAUUUCGGGCUUUCAAGGCUAUUCCCGAAUGAUGUAUCUCAUAUCUCAACAGCUCCUCAAGGGACUCCAGGUUAUGUGGACCCCGAGUACUAUCAGUGUUUCCAGCUCACCGAGAAGAGCGAUGUUUAUAGCUUUGGAGUUGUUCUCAUCGAGCUUAUAUCGUCCAAGCCAGCUGUGGACAUAAGCCGAGAGAGGCACGAGAUUAGUUUGGCCAAUUUUGCCAUAAACAAGAUUCAGACAUGCGCACUUGGCAAGUUGAUCGACCCGACCCUAGGAUUUGAGUCGGAUAGUGAAAUUCAUAGGAUGACAACUUCAGUGGCAGAGCUGGCUUUCCGAUGCUUGCAGCAGGACAAGGAAAUGAGGCCUUCAAUGAACGAGGUUUUAAAAGAACUGAAUGCUAUUGCACGUUAUGAGAAUGCUGUGAACAAAUCUGUCGAUGCAGAUGAGGGUGAAGAUACCCUUGCUCCAUCUCCGAUGAAUAAUGACGAGGUCCAGCUAUUGAAGAACAUGCAGUUGACUCAUUCACCUGUUUCGGUAACUCAAAAAUGGGCUAGCAGUAGUAGCAGUUGUUCUGUUCCCGUUGUUGAUGUUUAAAUCUUCCUUAUAGCUGUUUGUAAGAUAUUUUGCACACAUGAGGACGCGAGUUGAGAUGUUACCAAUUUCAUUGCCUGGUCUGAAUAUGGAGGAAUGUAUGUGGUAAUAAAGCGCUAUUGUCACUCUAGCUUGCACAUAAUAUUGGACAAUAUAUGCAGGUUUACUGUUAAAAAUACGUAUUUGAGCAGAUUCAACACAUGGGUUCAAAUUAGUUUUUCUAUCC